CUCAACAAUGGGCAUCACCGACUUCAUCUCCGCCGCCUGGGACACCUUCUCCCACCCGUCGCCCGACGCCGAGGCCCCGCCCAAGGGCGGCGUGUCGACCGAGACGCCCGCAGCCGGCACGGGCGAGGAGAGCAAGGAGGAAGCAGAAGUGAAUGUGCAGGAUAAGGUGAAGGGAGGGGAGGAGCCGCCGCGACAUGUGCCUGGGACAGAAAAAGAUGAGAGGGCUGUGACGCAGAGGGAGGAGGCGGAGGAGGCUGCGGAGGAAGAGGAGGAGGAGGAGGAGGAGGAGGAGACGGUUGAUCCUAAGGUUGUGCUUGAGGAGGAGUGCGCAAACUCCAAACAAUGCAGCUCGGUCAAGCAUCAUUACGACGAGUGCGUUGAGCGCGUGACUGCGCAGGUUGAGAGAGACGGGAAGCCCAACGAGGACUGCGUCGAGGAAUUCUUCCACCUUGUCCACUGCGCAACGAACUGCGCCGCCCCCAAGCUCUUCGCCCAGCUCAAGUAAAUCCGCUCGUCCGACCACCCAGGACACUUCUGCAUCCGACUUGUGCUACCGAAUCUCCCGAUUCCCAUGCGAGGAACUGCGAACGAAUGGCUUGAUAGACAGACGAGUGUGUUUCGGAUCCCGUCUAGACGGUUGAUUGCGUUGAGCGAGAUGCUGGCUGGUGAGCAUGGGCAGGU